UUUGUCCACGAAGAGAGGCUGGUCACGUCCCCUGCUACUGCUGGGCGUGAUUAUACAAGUCCAUUUUAUUGUCGGUGGUAUGAGAACUCUGACCCAGCACACUUCCCGGGAGCUCCUAUUGCGACGAUCAACGCCCCAGAAAUACCAUAUUGGUUCAACCUUGCACGCCAUACGAUUUGACAUACGACGAAGGCCAUACCUCCCCCUCAAGAUAUCCAAUGCCGAACAUUUUAGUAUCACGAUAUUUUCCGGAGUCCUUGGUCGGGACGGCGAAUCGGACCAUGCUCAUCGGAGCCAUCGCGACGACCAGCCGUGGUCAACAAUGGAAGGACAUCAUUCCAUGGAUAAGGCUUCGCUCAAUGCGUGGUCAGCGAAAGCCCAGCGAUCCUGCGAUUGAGCUCAGGAGACUUUCCUAUCGCCCAAAUCGUAGUGAAAUCGCAUCUAAGCGAACCAAUGGUGAGCCCAAAGAAUGCUUCACACUGGUCGGCCAGAACAACACACAAAACGGGUGGAUGAGAGUACGCGUCGGCCAUCGCGAAUUGCAGACUGCCCAAUUCGGACACCGAUCCCGAAGAUCCUGUCGCAGGUGCGCUUGCUACAGUGCAAGAGCAAUCCACUUACCAGGUAUCAUGGAUCGUAAGUCGGUACGUCCAGAACUAUCAGAAGUUGUCGAGCUUUUGUUCCAAAAGGUUGUUGACGGAUGAGUUGCAGCAGAGGGAGAGAGCAAGAGCCCAGAGACACGCCGCGUGUGGCACGGGUGGGCGCCGACGCCGAAGCCGAAGCCGGAAUAUUCCCCGGGCAGCCACCGCUGCACCCCCUCACCGUCUUUUCACCCCGCAUCUCUGACACACAGGCUCCUUCAGCCACAGCCAGCUACACACACGCAAACAGUAUUGUCUCAGUAACAGGCCACUCCGAGCAUUUCAUAUCGUAUAGAUCUCGAGGUCCACAAUCGCUCUAGAUCAAGCAGCAAAGACCCCAAGAUUCGAACGAAAGCUUCCUUAUUAGCUUGUCAUCGUCUAGCAAACACACGAUCAUCGUUUAUUUCACAGGCAACAAUAAACAAUACAAAUGGCAACCAAUCCAUUGUCUCCCACCCGUUCUCGUAUUGUGUCUGGCAGUACGACAGGUACCCCACGAGGCGAAAACAUCGCCCUGCCCUCCUCUCCACCACGCCCCUCCACGCCCUCGUCAUCGCGUCUUCCCGAACGGCGAAGAUCCCCACGUAAGCGUACAAGGCGUGGAGCCGCCAUCGUAACCAAUGUAGGCGGCUACGAAGGAGAUGAGGACAGUGACAGCGAUUACGAGAAGCCUCCAUCACCAAAGAGGCAGCAUCGUAUGUCUGUACCGUCAUCAGAGGACAUCCUGCCAACCUUGGCUAGUGGCCACUCAGACGCGGAUGAAGAAAGCCUUGCCGAUGCUCAUGUCGUGGAGGAGAUCUCGUCGAACCCCUCCGAGAACGGGGUCCUCGCCCAGACGGAGGCCCCUGCAGACCCACAGUCACCAAGCCCCAAGUCACCUGUCCGAGAUUUCGGUACAGAUGAGCCGGAGGAUGAGUGGGAACGGCUGGAGAGGGUGUACCCUAUGAGCAAGGAGGAGCAGGAGCUAUACGACCGGGAAGACGAGGAGUAUUGGCGUAGUGAUGAAGGAUCGGCGGAGGAGGAUAGUGCUUCGGUUGAAGGUGGCCUGGAUGAUAACACGGCCCAAGGUGAGGAGGAGGAGGAGGGCGAACAGCCGGAAGCUCUGGAGGAUGCAGGCGCUGGAGAGCAAGGUCCAGGGGAGGAGAGUGUUCGGGGAGAAGAUGGGCUGGGCAGUGGCGCGGUCCACGGUGAGGAUGCGGAAGGCGAUCAGCCUGAACCUGACCACGUCUCCAAUCAGGAGGGUGGUGAGGUGGUUGGUGAGCCGAGUUCAGAGACUAGGGAAGCUUCGAACGAGGCUGAUGAGCAAGAGGAGGUUGUUCCUCUUGGGCAGGGCUCAGAGGAUGGGGAUGGCGCUGUCGAGGAAGGUCCUGUGGCCCAGGAAUUCACUCCUGACGAGCCUCCAUCGGAUGAUGACGGCUUGGGAACCCUCGGUUGGAACCCAGGUCUGCAUAAUCUGCCGGGUCAAGGUGGGGAUUCCGAUAAGGAGAACGAGAAGGAGGGUGAGUCGUCCUUCAGGCGUAUCCUGAGGACGACGGGGAGGAGGCACAGAACGGAACCGCCCCCACCUAUCUUGCGUGGACGUGGUUGGAACACUCGCCGCCGAUGAAUGCCUCAGACCAGGUGGCACCAUCUCUAUCAUCAUCACCAUCAUCACCAUCAUCAUCCUUGAUUGUCGUGUUAUAUGUCUGUUCAUUUUUUAUCGCUCUGUACUACUGCUCUGUUCUGUUUUCCUCAUUGCUUCGGUGUUACUCCGACUCCUCCUUGCAUACUAUAUUUAUGCUGGAUUUAUCACAUCCAGCUUCCAUAUCGUUGUCCAUAUGUACUUCUCACAUCGCUCUGCUUUGGUGCUAUUCUCGUCCGUGUUUUCACCUUCUUCCCUCUCAUCUUGACUGGGUCUGGGCAGGUACUGUGGUGUUAUGUCUGUUCCGUCGUGUCGCUGUAUUUGCUAACGAA